AUGCCUCCCAAGUCUGGUAAGAAGGCCGCCCCGGCCCCGUUCCCUUCCUCGAAGGCGGGUAAGAAGGCUCCCAAGAACCCUCUCAUCGAGAAGCGCCCCCGCAACUUCGGUAUCGGCCAGGACAUCCAGCCCAAGCGCAACCUUUCGCGCAUGGUGAAGUGGCCCGAGUACGUCCUGCUCCAGCGCCAGCGCAAGAUCCUCAACCUGCGCCUGAAGGUUCCCCCUGCCAUCUCGCAGUUCCAGCACGUCCUGGACCGCAACACUGCCGCCCAGGCCUUCAAGCUCCUCAACAAGUACCGCCCUGAGACCAAGGCCGAGAAGAAGGAGCGUCUUACCAAGGAGGCUACCGCCAUCAAGGAGGGCAAGAAGAAGGAGGACGUCUCCAAGAAGCCCUACACCGUCAAGUACGGUCUCAACCACGUCGUUGGCCUGAUUGAGAACAAGAAGGCUUCCCUCGUCCUGAUCCCCAACGAUGUCGACCCCAUUGAGCUCGUCAUCUUCCUGCCCGCUCUCUGCCGCAAGAUGGGUGUCCCCUACGCCAUCAUCAAGGGUAAGGCCCGUCUCGGUACCGUGGUCCACAAGAAGACCGCUGCCGUCCUGGCCCUGACCGAGGUCCGCUCCGAGGACAAGUCUGAGCUCUCCAAGCUCGUCACCGCCGUCAAGGACGGCUACCUUGCCAACUCUGAGAGCGCUCGCCGCACCUGGGGUGGUGGUAUCAUGGGCGCCAAGGCCCAGAAGCGUGAGGAGAAGAAGCAGAAGGCUCUCGAUGCCGCCAUCAAGGUUUAA